GCGAGGUUAUCAGCGCAUCUUGUCCCGAGCGGAGAGUCCUUCGCCGAGGCGUUUUCGCAGGCGGGGAAGCUCCGCGGAGGCCGGGAAGGCAAAGGGGAUCGCGUGGAGGAAAAAGGCUCUGCAGGAUUUCCAAUCGGGGCUUUUUUUUUUUUUUUUUCCUUCCCAAAAAGCAGAAAAGCCGCCAGAAAACUGGAGCGGGCCGGUGGGGUUCCUCCCGCGCCUUCUUUCCCGGGCGACCGCCACGCCCUGGUCUCCCUCCACCCUUGGCCUGCGGACGUCUCACCCCGGGCGAUCGAGGCUGGGCUGGCCCUCCUCGGCCAACAAGCGGGACUCGGGACGAUCGCGGCCUCUGCUCGGCGCCGUCCACGCGGGGCCAAACUUGGCGAGCCGCCUCGGUUCGCUCGGCUGCUACUUUCUGCGCGCCGCCGGGGAGGCCGAGGAGGGUCCCGACUUCGCUUUCUCCGAGUUGGAGGACGGGAAGCGGCGGCGGCGGCGGCGGCUCCCUUUUCUCCCCUCCUCUCCCUCCUUCCCCUCCCCCCCCGCUCUUCUCCUCCUCCCCUCCCCCGCCGCCGCCCCCCCUUGAUGCUCCCCGAUGUUAGCCGUGGGGCAGAUGGAGGCUAACCGCCAGGGCGCCUUCGUGCUCAGCAGUACGCCGCUGGCCGCGCUGCACAACAUGGCCGAGAUGAAGACCUCCCUCUUCCCCUACGCCUUGCAGAGCCCGGCCGGCUUCAAAGCGCCCGCCCUGGGCGGCCUCAAUGCGCAGAUCCCGCUGGGCACGCCGCACGGCAUCAGCGACAUCCUGGGCAGACCCGUGGCCGGCGCUGCCGCCGCCGCUGCCGCCGCCGCCGCCGGCAACCUGCUCUCCGGCCUGCCCCGCCUGAACGGACUGGCCGCCGCGGGGAUGUAUUUCAACCCGGCCGCCGUCUCCAGAUACCCCAAGCCCUUGGCCGAGCUGCCCGGCCGGCCCCCGAUUUUCUGGCCCGGAGUUAUGCAGGGAUCGCCCUGGAGGGAUCCCCGGCUCGCCUGUCCCGCCCAGGCUGGGAUGGUUUUGGACAAGGACGGCAAGAAGAAGCACUCGCGGCCGACCUUCUCGGGCCAGCAGAUUUUUGCGCUGGAGAAGACGUUCGAGCAGACGAAAUACUUGGCCGGUCCGGAGAGAGCCCGCCUCGCCUACUCGCUGGGGAUGACGGAAAGCCAAGUCAAGGUCUGGUUCCAGAACCGUCGGACCAAAUGGCGGAAGCGGCACGCCGCCGAAAUGGCCUCGGCCAAGAAGAAGCACGACUCGGAGACGGAGAAGCUGAAGGAGAGCUCGGAGAACGAGGACGACGACGAGUACAACAAGCCGCUGGACCCCAAUUCGGACGACGAGAAGAUCACGCGGCUCCUCAAGAAGCACAAAGCGGCCGCGGCCGCCGCUGCCCCCCUGGCCCUCCUCAGCCCCUGCAGCAACGCCUCGGAGCCCUCGUGACUGCGGCCAGGCCCGGCCCGGCCCUGACCCGUCCCUCCGUCCCGUCCCUCCGUCCUUUCCGCCGGCCAAGCAGGGUAGUCGACGCCAGCGUCGCGACUGGCCGCCGCCACGUCGUGUACAGCCCCGCGUGUCGGGAAAGUCCUUUCUGUAUAAAUAUACAUAUACAUAUAUAUAUUUUUACCGAAUAAGUUAUGGCAAAGGAACCGCCGCCCUUUUCCUCUUCACCCCUGUCCGUUGCGCAGGAAGGGAAGAAAAAGUUAUUGCGGCCUUCGGGGGGCAACGCCUGGGUUUCUUGGCCUUCCCGCCUCCUUUUUCCACCCCGCGUCCCCCCCCCCGCUUUUGACUUCGAGAACCGAAGCUACCGGUUCGAUUGGAAAGAGCAGCGCAUCUGCAGCCGGGCCGCGGGGCCUUUAAAGCGGGCUUCGCGAGGGCCCGGCAACGUUGUGUAAAGGCAGAGGCUCGGCUCAGGCGUAGCUGGCUAGGCGGAGGGUAUUGUAACCGGGACUUGCUCAUUGAGACCCGGCUCUCCUAGAGCAGCGGCCUCCUCCCCCACAACCUUUUGGGCACCAGGGGCCGGUGGUUCAGUGGAGAAAGCACCGGAGGGGCCGUGGUUUUGGGUACUGCCUGCAUUCCGCGGAUGGGGCGUCGCUCGUUUGCGCGGCCCGGUUGCUGGCAAUUGCCGCGGCCCGAUGCCAAGGGGGGGUUGGGGACUUCUAGGAUGGGCAGUUGUGGCUCUUUUUAUAACCUGUGGACUUCAACUCCCAGAAUUCCUGAGACAGCUUGGCAGCUUCUCAGGACAGCUUGACACCUUCUCAGGAAUUCUGGGAGUUGAAGUCCACAGGUUGUAAAAGAGCCACAAUUGCCCACCCCUGCUCUAGAGUGUCAUCCUAGACCCCCUAACUAUGGAGCAAAGCCACCUCCCUUUAAGGCAGUGUUUCUCAACCUUGGAAGCUUGAA